AAAACCCUGAAACACCUUCUUUUUUUCUAUGGAGAACCUCACUUUUUUCUUUCUCUUAAACCCAAAAUUUCCCCAAUAAGCCCUAAAAUUUAGCUCUUCAAUCCACCACGAAUCAUGUCUAAAACACAUGCAAUAGGUCUAAUCUCAGCCCUCGCGGCAGCCACUUCUACCACCGCUUUUUCUGAUGGCCCUUCCAACUACUCUCCCUUCUCAUUUCUCACUACUCAAUCUGGGCAGUCUCCACCGCCGCCCAAUGCACCUCCACCGCAGCCGUCGACGGCUGGGGAUGAGCCUCCGCCUCCGCCUCCGAAAGUGAGGAAUGAUAAUCCCAGGACGAGCUCGGCCGGGUUCGAUCCUGAGGCGUUGGAGAGAGGUGCCGAGGCCUUGAGGAAGAUCAACAAAUCUCCUAAUAGUAAAGAGGCAUUUAAGAUUAUUUUGAAGCAAGAGGAGACAAGACAAGCAGAAAUAGCUGCAAAGGCUGCAGAAUAUAAAGCAAUGCAAGCUCAAGCUGAAACAGAUAGACAAAGGGUGAUAUAUGAUGAACAAAAAAAGCUAGCUCAGCAGCAGGCACAAACAAAAUCCCAGAUGGCCCGUUAUGAGGACGAACUGGCAAGGAAGAGGAUGCAGGCAGAAAAUGAAUACCAUAGAACAAGAAACCAAGAGCUUGUAAAAAUGCAAGAAGAGUCAUCAAUUAGGCAGGAGCAAGCUAGGAGAGCUACAGAAGAACAGAUUCAAGCACAAAGGCGGCAGACAGAAAGGGAAAAGGCUGAGAUAGAACGUGAAACAAUCAGGGUGAAAGCUAUGGCAGAAGCAGAAGGGAGAGCCCAAGAAGCAAAGCUAACUGAAGAGGUUAACAGGAGAAUGCUAGUAGAUCGUGCAAAUGCAGAAAGAGAGAAAUGGGUUGCUGCCAUAAAUACCACCUUUGACCAUAUUGGGGGGGGUUUGCGAGCUAUAUUAACUGACCAAAAUAAACUUGUUGUUGCGGUUGGGGGAGUGACUGCUCUGGCAGCAGGAGUAUACACAACAAGAGAAGGUGCAAGGGUGAUUUGGGGAUAUGUGGAUAGAAUAUUGGGACAACCAUCUCUAAUCAGGGAGUCCUCCAGGGGAAAAUAUCCUUGGUCAGGCUUGUUUUCACGUGCCGUAAACUCUUUACGUGGUAGUAACAAAGAGCCGGCUUCGAAAAAUGGAAACGGAUUUGGUGAUGUGAUUCUACACCCAUCUCUUAAGAAAAGAGUUGAACAGCUGGCUGGAGCAACUGCCAAUACAAAAACACACAAUGCACCAUUUCGGAACAUGCUCUUCUACGGCCCUCCAGGAACAGGGAAAACAAUGGCUGCUAGAGAGCUGGCUCGUAAAUCUGGGCUAGAUUAUGCAUUGAUGACAGGUGGAGAUGUUGCUCCACUGGGGCCACAGGCUGUUACCAAGAUACACCAACUGUUUGAUUGGGCUAAGAAGUCUAACCGGGGUUUAUUGUUGUUCAUUGAUGAAGCAGAUGCUUUUUUGUGCGAGCGGAACAAAACUUACAUGAGUGAAGCUCAAAGAAGUGCACUUAAUGCUCUCCUUUUCCGAACGGGUGACCAAUCCAAGGAUAUAGUCCUUGCACUUGCCACUAACCGCCCUGGUGAUCUUGAUUCAGCAGUGGCCGAUCGAAUUGACGAAGCCCUGGAGUUCCCUUUGCCUGGGCAAGAUGAACGGUUCAAGCUGCUAAAGCUCUAUCUUGACAAAUAUAUUGCUCAAGCUGGAUCAAGAAAAUCUGGCGUGUUCCAGAAACUAUUCAAAGGUGAACAGCAAAAGAUAGAGAUUAAAGGAUUGACUGAUGAUGUCUUAAUGGAAGCAGCUGCUAAAACUGAAGGAUUUUCUGGAAGGGAAAUAGCGAAACUGAUGGCUAGUGUCCAAGCCAGUGUCUAUGGAAGUGAGAAUUGUGUGCUGGAUCCAAGCCUUUUCCGUGAAGUCGUAGAUUAUAAAGUAACGGAGCAUCAGCAAAGAAGUAAACUUGCCGCUGCAGUUGGAGGUAGCUCUUAAAGAUGGUUUUAGCAUCAUUCUUAUUAUUAUUCGACAGUUUUGCAUAGGGGCUGAAAAGGAAAGGUAGAUGAGUAUGUCGAUUUAUGAAUACAUAAAAUUUGAUGAGCAACUCUUAUGUAAUUUAGGUUGGCCCAUGUCUUUUAGUUUUGGGCAUAUGUUAUCAAUUUUUUGAGAAGAGCCUCAUGUUAUCAUCAUCAUUUAUUCCCCGUUUGUGGGGGGUUUUGGUAUCCCUUACCUUAGAUUCUUCUAUAUUUCAGUACUGAUGAAGUUACUUAUAGGUCGUCAAUAACUCAUGUUGUUAUCAUCAUUUAUUCCCCGUUUGUGUGGGGUUUUUUGGUAUCCCUUGCCUUAGAUUC